GCAAUAGAGUAUUUAGAACGUGAAAUGAGGUCCACCUGGUCUCUCUACGGUUGCGGGGUAGCAACACAUUCGGUUCUGCAAAUCGCCAAAGACCAAAAGACCAUUUCUCGUUCAUAAUUCUAGAUCCUUCGAGGCGACCAAGCAAAGUCAUUUCUCUAUCUCCGAACGAUAUCCGAUCGGCCGGCGAUCAAGGUAAUUUGUGAACAAGAUGAGUCAGGUGUUUGAAGGAUAUGAGCGACAAUACUGUGAGCUUUCAGCUAAUUUAACGAAGAAGUGCACCUCGGCUAGUAUCCUCGAUGGAGAACAGAAGAAACAAAAAGUGUCUGAAAUAAAAGCUGGUCUGGAUGAUGCUGAGGCUUUGAUUCGGAAAAUGGACCUAGAGGCUCGGAGCUUACCACCUAAUGUGAAGGCCACACUUCUUGCCAAGUUAAGAGAAUACAAAAGUGAUCUGAACAAUUUGAAAACUGAAGUUAAAAGAAUCACAUCAGCGAAUGCUAACCUAGCUGCAAGGGAUGAGUUGCUGGAAUCUGGAAUGUCAGAUGCCAUGAUGGUCUCUGCUGAUCAAAGACAAAGGUUGAUGAUGUCAACAGAGAGACUAAACCAGUCAAGUGACAGGAUCAGGCAAGGUCGAAAAGUGAUGCUCGAAACGGAGGAGCUUGGGGUCUCAAUUCUUCAAGAUUUGCAUGGGCAACGUCAGUCUCUCCUGCAUGCACAUGACACACUUCAUGGGGUAGAUGAUAACAUUAGUAGGAGCAAGAAGAUACUGACAACCAUGUCAAGGAGGAUGAGCAGGAAUAAAUGGAUCAUUGGUUCGAUCGUUGCUGUGUUGGUCCUCGCAAUCCUCUUAAUUCUUUAUUUUAAGCUGUCCCAUUAGCUCAAUGGACGACUUUCAGUACAGAAAAACGUGUAUUUUUUUGAUGCGUUGAUUUGAAUUCAUCGUAUGGUCGUGAGGUCAGUUUGGGUUUUUUGCUGCUUGUGUUUCGCAAAACCUUAAACAUGCUUCUCAUCCUAAGUAAUUCUCCGUGCUGUCAAUUAACAUGUCUGGAUCUUGUGAUCCCUGACUGAUUACGAGUAGCGUGUAUUUAAGUCUAUGCAACUAAGUAAUUUCUUUGCUUUACCUUACCCCAAGACGCCCUCCCUUGCAUUGGUCCUGAUAUUGCUCCUAUUUGUCCUUUCAAUUGAUGUAAGAAUUCGUAAA